AUGAAGAUGAGACGUCAUAAACUCUUUUUGACUCUCUGUAUGGCUGGCCUGUGCCUCAUCUCCUUCCUGCACUUCCUUAAGGCCCUGUCCUAUGUCACCUUUCCCCGGGAACUGGCCUCCCUAAGUCCCAAUCUGGUAGCCAAUUUCUUGUGGAACAAUGCCCCAAUUACACCUCAAGCCAGCCCAGAACCUGGGGGAGCAGUGGGCCCUGAGCUGCUACGAACUCCACUCUAUUCUCAUUCUCCCUUGCUGCAGCCCCUGCCCCCGAUGGGGGCCACUGAGGAACUCCAUCGGCUGGAAUUUGUGCUGCCUGAGGACAGGGCAGAGUAUUUUGUCCGCACCAAAGCUGGCGGGGUCUGCUUCAAGCCAGGUACCAAGAUGUUGGAGAAACCCACAGCAGGACAGACAGAGGAAACACUUGAGACUGUAGAUGGCCCUAACUCUGGGGGAACAGCCCGCCGCCCACUAACAAUUGGAAACUGGCUGGCCAAUGGGAAGUCUAAGGGGAUGAAACGUCGGAAGUGGGUGGAAUGUGUGUGUCUGCCUGGCUGGCAUGGGCCAAGCUGUGGGGUGCCCACUGUGGUUCAGUACUCAAACCUGCCCACCAAGGAGCGCCUAGUGCCCCGGGAGACCCCACGGCGGAUCAUCAAUGCCAUCAAUGUCAACCAUGAGUUUGACCUGCUGGAUGUGCGGUUCCAUGAGUUGGGUGAUGUAGUCGAUGCCUUUGUGGUUUGCGAAUCCAACUUCACUGCCUAUGGAGAACCUCGGCCUCUCAAAUUCCGUGAGAUGCUUCGGAAUGGCAGCUUUGAGUACAUCCGCCACAAGGUCCUCUAUGUGUUUUUGGACCAUUUUCCGCCAGGGGGUCGUCAAGAUGGAUGGAUUGCUGACGACUAUCUGCGGACCUUCCUGACCCAGGAUGGCAUAUCCCGCUUGCGCAACCUUCGGCCAGAUGAUGUCUUCAUCAUUGAUGAUGCGGAUGAGAUCCCUGCCCGGGAUGGAGUCCUCUUCCUCAAGCUCUAUGAUGGCUGGACAGAGCCCUUUGCUUUCCAUAUGCGCAAAUCACUCUAUGGUUUCUUUUGGAAACAACCUGGCACCCUCGAAGUAGUGUCAGGCUGCACAAUAGACAUGCUGUUGACCGUCUAUGGCACAGACGGGAUCCUUCUGAGGCGACGGCAAUACUACACCAUGCCUGGCUUCCGUCAGUAUGAGAACCGCACAGGCCACAUCCUGGUUCAGUGGUCCUUGGGCAGCCCACUCCACUUUGCAGGCUGGCAUUGUUCCUGGUGUUUUACCCCAGAGGGCAUCUACUUCAAGAUGGUAUCAGCCCAGAAUGGUGACUUCCCCCGUUGGGGUGACUAUGAAGACAAGCGGGACCUGAAUUACAUAAGGGAACUGAUCCGUACAGGUGGCUGGUUUGAUGGUACUCGGCAGGUAUACCCUCCUGCCGACCCCAGCGAACAUAUGUAUGCCCCCAAAUAUCUACUGAGAAAUUACCCACGAUUCCACUACUUGCUGGAAAAUCCUUACCGUCAAGCUGAGGGGACAGUGGGUGCUAAGGAUGGUGUGAAGGGGAUCGAGGGGGGUGGGCUUGGCCCUGAGGGUGCCGUGGCUAGGGCAGCACAGGCAGGGGAAAUCUGA